AUGGGAAUCAGCGGAAUUAUUCCAUUUUUGAGCAGCAAGGCGCCUCAAGUAGUGCGACCUCUUCCCUCGUUCGACCUGAUAGGAGGGAAAAGAGUCUUUGUGGACUGCUCAACCAUCCUCAGAAGGUCGCUGCACGCCUCAAUGAGGACGGUUCUUGAUCGCUUUAAAUAUCAGUUCAAAGCUGUGAGGGACUCGAAUGUGUAUAUCGACACCUCUGCGAUGAGAGAGGAGAUAAUGAACUGCUCAGUGCACCCACUUUCAGUUUUAAACAAGUCUCUACAGUCCGUUGAUCAUAAAGGAGGAGUCGAGUCAACGUUCGUGCUUGGCCCCUUCGAGGACUUGCUGGGUAAGAGUAAAGUCACUAACGAUCCGUCGUAUAUAAACAUUCUGGACACGAAGAACAGGGACCUGCUUAAAAAUUUGAGGGAAUACUGCUCGGGCAACGAGGCCAUAAAGUUCUACCCAUCGCUUAGCCACAAGGACAUAAACCACAUUUCUCAGAAGUUAACAGAUCAGUUCGCCAAGAAAUGUGUUGAGUUUUGUACUGACGAAGACGACUAUGUAAUCUCUGAUGACACUAAUGUUAUUGCCUACGGGGCCCCAAAUGUAAUUAGAGACUUCCUUGGAAGUAAACAGCCAAAUACAAUUAAUCAUAAUGAGAUGUUGGAGGCGCUAGAGUUUACUCGAGAUCAAUUCGUGGAUUUUUGCAUACUACUUGGAUAUAAACACAGUGUUAGGAUACCAGAGAUAGGUCCCUAUAGAGCAUAUAGUAUCAUUAAGAGGUUCUACUCCCUCGAAAGAUUUUUUAAGUCGAUACUGUACCAGGAGCUCUUUAAGACUAAAAAGGGCUCAGAGCUACUUUCCAAGGUUAGUUGA